AUGCUGACGACACGGCAGGUCGAGGCAGGGGAGCCCCUGACCUUGGCCUAUGUCGAGCCGGACUGGCCGGGCGAUGAGCGACGCCGGCAGCUGUCUAGCCACUGGUUUUUCGACUGCGACUGCCAACGUUGCGAAGCUGAAGGUCGAAUCACCGCAGCUCUGACCCGAGGAUGA